AUGGCGACACGAAUUCCAUUUGACGAGUCUUUUUGGCAAGAAUACCUUGAGGGACAGGAAGCCCAACUGCCGCAGCUCCGUGACGUUGAAGAUGUGACAGAUCGUGUUGUCCGCAUCAUGGGAGGAAAUCCAGGCAUAAUGCAGCUCCAAGGGACAAACACUUAUCUUGUGGGAAAUGGAAAAUCACGAAUCCUCAUUGACACAGGGGAGGGACUACCAUGCUGGAUUGAACGAGUCAUCCGGGUCCUUGAAGACCGGCAACUGGACCUCUCAUUCAUCCUUCUGACUCACUGGCACGGAGACCAUACCGGUGGCGUUCCUGAUCUUAUAUCCCAUAACCCCAACUGGGCAGACCGAGUUUACAAGAACCGACCCGAUCGCGGCCAGAAUCCCAUCGCAGAUGGCCAAAUCUUCUCCGUCGAAGGAGCCACUAUCCGCGCAGUUUUCACUCCUGGCCAUGCCAUAGACCACAUGUGUUUCGUCCUUGAAGAAGAGAACGCCCUAUUCACUGGAGAUAAUGUCCUCGGACACGGAUUCUCCGUGGUGAUGGAUCUGGCUGUCUACAUGAGAAGCCUAGACUGUAUGGUUGCACAGGGCUGCGCGUCUGGAUAUCCGGCUCAUGGCGCCAAGAUUGCCAAUUUGCCGGCGAAAAUGCAAGAAUACAUUCAUCACAACGAGUUUCGCAUUCAGCAAGUUAGCUCAGCUCUGUCUUGGCAUUGUGCCAAAGGAGCGAAAGGGGGCAUGACUCUGCAGGAGAUCAUACAGUCAAUAUAUGGCAAUGUACCAAAAGAGAUUGUGGAUAAUGCCCUGGUUCCGUUCUUGUCCCAGGUUCUGUGGAAGUUGGCCGAGGACCGGAAAGUUGGUUUCUCUCCUGGUGAGCCAAAGAAGAGGAGAUGGUUUGGGUUGGGGGUGGCUCACUGA